AUGGCCACCCGUUCUUCUCACAAUAAGAAUAACGCCGCUGUAAAGCGAAUCUUGCAAGAGGCCAAGGAGCUAAUGAAUGAUCCUUCACAUGAAUAUUCCGCUGGGCCUCUCGAGGUGAGUAAUGCAUCGUCUGCCCUGGAGACGGAUAGCUUAGUCGGAUGCGCCAUUUCCUCCCAGAACGAUAUCUUUGAAUGGCAUGCGACUCUAAGAGGUGCUCCUGACACUGAAUUCGAGGGAGGGCUAUACCACUGCCGAAUACUCUUGCCGGCCGAGUACCCAUUUCGGCCGCCUUCAAUCAUGGUGUUGACUCCCAACGGCAGUUUCACUAACUAUCAUGAAGAGUUGUGGCAACCAGCAUGGGGUGUUCGCACAGCUAUCAUUGGACUACAAGGGUUUUUCCCGCACAAAGGCGAGGCGGCGGUGGGUGUGGGAGCAUUGGAGUAUCCCAUUCCGGAACGAAAGCGACUGGCGGCUUUAUCCGGGACUGCUUCAUCCGAUUCUGGUCCAUCUUCGGAGAAUAAGGAGGACGAGAGUAAUAAUGAACCUGUCGAGGAAAAUGGAACUCAAAACGAACAGGCCGAACAAACUCUGGCACCUCCCGAAAUCACAACUACGAAUUCAUCGAGUACUGAAAGUACGGUUCGACCAACAAACUUAACUCCUACAGUUACUACACCUCAAGUGCCAACUCCCACCGAAGCGCAGCGUCCAGUACCUGCAGCGACGCCUGCUCCAAACCCAGGUUUGAGUGAUUUACAGCCAACGCCCACUCGGACUACGGCCCCACGACCGUCACCCAAGCCUCCUCUGCUACUCGAUCUCGCUAUCGUCUCACUUGUAUCCAUUUUUAUCGCUAUCCUUGCUCGUAGAAUACUGUAA